AUGGCGAGAGAUCUGCCCGGUCCCGCGGCCGCCCAGCCCACCCUCGCCGGCCCUGGGAACCGGGCGGCCUCUGCGCUCCUAGGUGACCGCGACUGCUACAAACACUCCCUGUUAAGCCUUCCCGGCCAGGGCGGUGCAGAAUCCCUGGGCCAGGGGCUGGGCCUGCAGGAGGGAAAGAGCGCCUUGUGGAAGAAAGAAUCGGAGGAGCCCUCAACGGAGAAGGAGACGUCGGAGGAGGAAGCGGAGGAGGAGGAAGAGGAGGAAGACGGGCAGCUGGAGGAGAAGGCGGCCCGGAGCGAGGCGGAGAGCCGGGAGGCGAGCGAGGAGGCCCGGCAGCACGGCUCGGUGUCCUACUGCCCGCUGCGCCAGGAGUCGAGCACCCAGCAGGUGGCGCUGCUGCGGCACUCGGACAGCAGCUUCUGGGCCUGGCUCAGCCCCUUCGCCAUCCUCGGCGGCCUAACGGGGCCCGUGGACAGGAAGCGGAGCCACCCCGAGGAGUUGUGCGUGCUGGAGAUGCCGCCGCGACAGCCACGCAGGCGGGGCUGUGCGCGCUGCGAGAUUCUUUUUUGUAAGAAAUGUGGGACCCUGCACAGCAACCCGUUCUACGUGGAGCACUGCAUCUUGGAGCACCCGAAUCGGGCUCAGUCGCAGCCACCCGCUUUGGGAAGGGCGGGGCCUGUCGCAGAGCCCUAA